GCUCCUGCCAAACACACGUUUCCUGUGGGAGCCUAACCAUCGCAAGAUGAGGGGCUGCACUCUCUGAGGAUGGAGAAGAAAGUUUGUUUGAUCCAGACUGAUUUUCGUCAAUACCGUCCAACCAUCAGCAUCCAAACCAAGCCACUGGCACAUGUUAAACCACUGCCACACUGUCUGGAAGCUGAGAUGAGAGAAAAAGAAGAACUUCAGAAAGCCAUUGAGAAAACUGGGCAGCUGGUGUCCAGGGUCCAGGAACUCGAGGAGAAGAAUGCGGGACUACUUAAAGAAAGGAAUGAGGUUUUCAUUCAGUUACGAGCGGAGCAGGAGAGCUUAUUGGAGACAGAGCAGCGGUGCACCCAGCUGGGGAAAGUGAAACGGGAGCUGGAGUCCCAGGUGUCUGAGCUGAGUAAUCGCCUGGAGGAGGAAGAGUCCUGCACAGCUGAACUGGCCGCGCACAGACAAAGACUGGAGACAGAGUGCUGCAGCCUAAAAAAGGACCUUGAGGAAUUAGAGGCUACCUUGACUGCCGUGGAGAAGGAAAAGCAGACCUCAGAAGUAAACAUCCGGACACUGUCGGAGGAGUUGUUGCAAAGUGAUGAGGCUGUGAUAAACCUACAGAAAGAAAAAGAGCACCUGCAGGAACUCAAUCAGCAAGCAUUUGAGGAUCUACAAGCUGAGGAAGAAAAAGUAAACCUGUUAACCAAAGAAAAAGAGAAGCUUCGGGUGCAAACGGAGAAUUUGGAGUACCACCUAGAACAGGAGAAGAAGCAUCGGACCGACUUGGAGAAAACCAAACGGAAGAUGGAGGGAGACAUCAAGAUGACUAUCGAAAAUCUGAACGAGAUGGAGAAACUAAAGGCAGACCUUGAAGGAAUCAUUAAAAAGAAAGAUUUGGAGAUAAACACAAUGAAUAACAAGCUGGAGGAGGAAGAAUCACUGAGCAUGAAUCUUCAGAAGAAAAACAAGGAAUUCCAAGUGCGUAUUGAGGAGUUAGAAGAGGAACUGGAUGCAGAACGGGUCAUAAGAGCGAAGGUAGAGAAGCAGCGCUCUGACCUGACAAGAGAGCUGGAUGACCUCACUGACAGGUUGGAAGAGGCCGGAGGAACCAUGGCUUCCCAGAUUGAGACGAAUAAGAAGCGUGAAUCGGAGCUGCUGAGACUUCGCCGUGAGCUGGAUGAAGCUGCCCUGCAGUCGGAGACCAUGGCGUCAGCUCUGCGCAAGAAGCACACCGAGGUGGUGGUGGAUAUGACUGAGCGGUACGAGAGCCUGCAGAGGGGGUGCAUUAAACUGGAGAAGGACAAGCAGAACAUGAAACUGGAAAUAGAUGAUCUGUCAGCCACCAUAGACAACAUGCAGAAAGCCAAGGUCUCUAGUGAUAUCCAAAUGCGGAAACUGGAAGAUUUACUUGCAGAAUCAAAUUCUAGGAAUGAAGAACUGCAAAAGGGGCUCAAUGAACUGAAACUCGCCAAAACAAGGCUCACAGCUGAAAAUAAUGAACUUGGCAGUCAACUGGAGAAAGUGGAAAAUAGAGCCAGUCAUACCAAUAGGACAAAGGCCCUGCUGAUAGCACAGAGUGAAGACCUGAAGAAGCAACUGGAAGAAGAGAAUAAGUCAAAGAGUACACUGGGAAGCAGCCUUUCCAAUCUUAGCCACGAAUGUGAAAAGUUGAGGGAGCAGCUGGAGGAAGAGCAGGAGAGCAAACUGGAGCUCCAGAGACUGGUCUCCAAACUCAACAGCGAGGUGACCCACUGGAGGAACCGUUACGAGGCUGACGCCAUUCAGCGCACCGAUGAGCUUGAGGAGGCCAAGAAAAAGCUCUCAUCGCGUCUGCAGGUGGCAGAGGAAGCUGUAGAGGCCUCCCAGUCAAAGUGCUGUAGCCUGGAGAAAACCAAGCAGCGACUACAGGGAGAAGUUGAGGAUCUCUGCAUUGAUCUGGAAAAGGCCAAUGCUACGGCAGGAGCUCUGGAUAAGAAGCAGCGUGUGAUGGAGAAACAGCUGUCAGACUGGCGUCAGAAAUGCGAGGAGAUCAUGGCUGAGAUGGAAGGGUGCCAGAAGGAGAGCCGCCAACAUGCCACCGACCUCUUCAAACUGAAAACCGCGUACGAAGAAGCCAUUGAACAAAUGGAGGCUUUGAAGAGGGAAAACAAAGCACAGCAAGAGGAAAUCACUGACCUUACAGAUCAGCUGGGAGAAGGCGGCAGAAGUGUCCAUGAGCUUCAAAAGUCCAAGAAGAGAAUGGAGAUGGAGAAGGAUGAGCUCCAAGCAGCUUUGGAGGAGUCUGAGGCAGCCUUAGAGGCUGAAGAAACCAAAGUAGUGCGACUGCAGGUAGAACUGACGCAGACCAAGUCUGAUAUAGAUCGUAGGAUCCAAGAGAAGGAGGAGGAGUUUGAAGCUUCGAGCAGGAAAAAUCACCUCCGGGCACUAGACUCACUACAAGCCAGUCUUGAUGCUGAAAUAAAAGGUCGAACGGAGGCCGUGCGAAUGAAGAAAAAGCUGGAAGGAGAUGUCAGUGAGCUGGAGAUCCAGCUGGACCUGGUUAAUAAGAAUAAUGGAGACCUGCUGAAAACCAUCAAGAAAAUGCAGCAGCAGAUAAAGGACUUGCAGACGCAGAUGGAGGAUGAGUCCAGACAACAAGAGGAGACGAGAGAACAGUACAACUUGAUGGAGAGACGCUGCAACCUUCUGGCAACUGAGAUGGAGGAAACUCGGACUAGCGUGGAUGCCUCUCAGCGGGCCUGCAAGAUCUUAGAGCAAGAGCUGACUGAAAUGAAUGAUACGUACAACGAAAUGAACACUCAGUUCCAGUCAGUAACAAAUUUGAAGAGGAAGCUGGAAGCAGACUUGCAGCAGCUAAACACAGAGCAUGAAGAACUGCACAGUGAGGUCAGAGCUGCCGAAGAAAAAAUGAAAAAAGCCACAUCUGAGGCUGCAAGGAUGUCAGAGGAACUCCGUCAGGAGCAAGACCACACCCUCCACCUGGAGAGAGUCAAGAAAGGACUGGAGACGCAGAUAAAGGACCUGAACACCAGACUGGAGGAGGCUGAGCAGCUGACCAUGAAGGGAGGCAAGAAAAUCAUUCAGAAACUGGAAGGAAGAGUGAAGGAGUUGGAGCUGGAGCUGGAUGGUGAGCAGAAACGCCAUGCAGAGAGUGUGAAGACCCUGAGGAAGAACGAGCGGCGUCUCAAGGAGCUGGUGUUCCAGGCGGAGGAGGACCAGAAGAACCAGCAGAGGAUGCAGGAGCUGGUGGAGAGGCUGCAGAACAAACUGAAGGCCUACAAGCGACAAGUCGAGGAGGCUGAGGAGCAGGCAAAUAUGAACUUGGCCAAGUACAGGAAGACGGUCCACGAGCUGGACGAUGCAGAGGAGAGAGCGGACAUUGCAGAGACGGCUCUGACAAAGAUCAGAACAAAGAACCGAGCCAGCUUUGGCAAAGGAUACUCUUCGGGCUACAGUACCCCCUUUACCAACAUUGUCCGAUCCCCAAGCUCUGCAGGUUCUGAGGGAAGAGAAGAAAAGAUAAUGAAUGAUGAGAACACAGCUUCUCUGAUCCCGGCCUAUCUCAACUCCCUGAAAAAACUCAUGAUCGAUUAAUAGAAGAUGUAAUAAUAUAUUGAAAUUCAAACAUUAUAGAAUCUAAACAGCACACGCUAGGAAGAAUAAUCAGACUUGUUUAGUUAGAGAUACAAACUGACUUUACUUCUGUUUGACGGAACAGUGGUCCCUAAUUCACAACUGCCUGGGUUUUUAUUCUAAAUCUCACCUUGUAUUGCAAGUAACUAGUUAUUAAAGUGGCUCGUUACUUUUAAGUUAGUUGGCAAGUCGUUUCCAAUGAAAUGUUCUUAAUUUUCUUUAAUGUUCCCUUACCUUUGUUAUGAUGUUUGAAUCAUUCUAUGUGGUUCUUAUUGCAAUUGCUAUGAGUUCAAAAGCUGCUGCUAAGUUUUAGUUGUCUGACAGAGACGUAUGCAAUCUAGGCCAGAUCAGCGCCAUCUAGUGUUGCAAUGGCAUGCGACUGGAAUUGAAAAGCAGCUCCUGAACUCGUAGUCAAAGCACCUUAACAGAUUUCUAACACUUCAAAAAUCGUAUUUGAGUUAUUGUAAUAAGAACAUAAAAAAUAAGAAAAUGUAAAGCUCGCAAACUGUAGACCUGGUUUAACACAAACCAGGACAGAUAAUAAUCCCUGAGAACUGAAUUUGGGAACCAUUGUCACUUAACAGAUUUUAGGCCAGGAUUUAAUAAUACAGCUUCUAACAAAUCAGCAAUAUCAUAUUGGAACUGUAUAUUCAUGGUUUGUCUUAUUAGGGUUUAAGGUCUCUAAUUGAACACAAUUCUUCAGUGUAGAAUAGUGCUUUUUUAUUUUUGUACUUUCCUAAGCAAUGCAUUUGGUCAUGGAACACACAGGCAGUAUAGCAGUGGUGACAUUGUCGUUUUAAUAUACAUUUUUUAGUUUAUGGUAAUGUUGAGGAGUUAAGAUUCUCCCUUGAAAAUAUUCUGUUAGGUAAAAAUCCCAUUAAGAAAUUCAACUUAAAGGGAAGGUAUUUUAGCUACUACAUGCUGGGCAUCUAAUGUAAAGUAUAGCUUUUAGGCCAUAUUCAGAACUCUUUUAAAUACUGUUUUUGUAGCUAAUUGAUCUCUAAAGAAGGUUUGGAGUUAAUGCUCAAGCUUUUAAAACACUUGCUAACCUAACCUAACUCUAAUGAAACCAUCUUAAAAUAAAGAGUUAAAGUGAAUCGUGCUUUUUAUCUCUUAGAUACAGGCAUUAAAUGAACUAUAAUAUCCACAGGCUUACACACACACACACACACAUAUAUAUAUAUAUAUAUAUAUAUAUAUAUAUAUAUAUAUAUAUAUAUAUAUAUAUAUAUAUAUAUAUAUAUUUUUUUUUUUUUUUAAGUAGAUUACAAAUAAAGACAAACCACCUUAAAUACAUAUAGAAGGCCUUAAAAUGAAGUAACUACAACUACUUUAUUUUAAAAAUCAAUUCCCCCUAACUCUAGAAUAAUGAACGCUGAUACAGGCAGAUGAAUUUGUGGUCGCAGGACUUUUUGUUCUUGCUGUUCCCUGCUGCUAAUAUUUCAAGAAGUAAACUCCUAUCAAAUAUAUUACAACCUUCUUUUACAUAUUGCUACCGGGUGUAAACCUAAUACGCACGGAAAUGUGUCUUCAUUGGCUAUGCUUGUAAAGAUGAGCCAUGUGGCUAUAUAAAAACCUCCAGCAGCAGGACAGCUCAACAAAUCAGAUUUUUAUAUGAGAGUGAACUACUGUACUCCCUUCUAGAGUUACACAAAAAAAAUUAAUUUGAUUUACCAAUAAGUGAAUACUUUAUUCAUUGUUGUAUUUGCCACCUUCUGCAAGUUUCAAUACCAGACAGAUAUGAUUAUUUUUUUUUAUCUGGAUGCUGAUUGUAGAACGUUUCUUUUAUAAAUGCUACUUUAGUUAAUUUUCGCUCUUUUGUUAUAUAAAGUGCGAGUGCCCAUCAUGUCUUUCCCAGUAAAAGGACCUUCCAACAUACUGUGCAUUAUUAACACAUACGUACUGUAAUGUUACUCAGGCUACAAAAAGUUCUGUCAAGAAAGCUUCGGUUUGCUUACAGUAGUUAUUUAAAAAAAAAAAGAUAUAUAUAUAUAUAUUCUGUUACUGCAGAUUGGUAAGGACAGCAUACAAAUAUAUAAUUUAACUUGAAACCACUUGAAGCUUCAGGGGAUUUAAACACUAGAGAGCAUAACAAAAUUAAAUAAUAAUAAACACAUUACUUACUGUUCCUUCAUUGCCUGUUCUGGCAUGCAAUUAAUGAACAGGAAUUGAUGGAUAUGUUGAGGGUCUAAGACAAAUAGCAGGGAUGCAGUCAGGAUUUCUGCAGGCCAGUCAUUUGGAGCAUUGACAUCUGUAAUGAAAUACACCUUGUUCUGCUAAACCUGCAUUUGUUUUUAUACUAUAGAAAAGUGAAUGAGAAAAAUUCAUAUCAGCUGUACAAGAUGUCCUGUAACAGGUGAAAAUGUCGGUUUAGAAAAAAUUAAUUAAAGAAAAUAGCCUUGUUUGCUCAACUUCUGUGGACAUAAAAUGUAUUAUAGCAAACUCGGACAGAUAUGAUUGAAUUAUAACUGCACAACCUAAAUUAAAGAUGUACGUAUUAUACUAGGGAUAGUGAGGAAAAGAGUGUGUCCAAACACACCCUGAUCUACAGCGUGGGGUACAAUCACACCACCCAGAAGUGCAUAACAAUCAAGAAGCCUAACGUAGGUGCGGGAAAGGACACCCAAAGUGAGAGGCAAAAGCAUGUAUAGCUGAUAUGACACAGGUACAUUAUGCUGGCUCUGAGCAGUCAAGAAUAACCAGCAGAAUUAGAAUCGUAGUAAUACGGUGAUGCCUGCUGUACAAUGUACGCUGCAAACCACACUGAUGUGUGUGACUGUGAAAGAGUUUUCCUUAUUUAGCCCUGGUUUUCCUGGAUUGAAGGCUGCUUAGGCCUCACUUUAUUUUACUAAUAUGUAUACAUUUAAAAAUAUAAAAUGAAUUUUGUAUAAUUCUAUAAUAAUAAUGGUGCAUAUACUUCACACCAACUUCCAUGUUAUUAGCACUUCCCCCCCACCCCCCACAUGUAUCUGCGUUGAUGAAUAUAAUGGUACCUGGGUUGUCAAAUCUUUUCAGACUGGAAUUAAUGUGCAGGGUUGUCUUAUUAUAUAUAUAUAUAUAUAUAUAGCCUUUUGCAAUCCACUGCUGGAUGAAAGCCUCCCCAAGAUUAUUCCACAAAAGCCUGUCUGCUGCAUCCGUCAUCCACAUUGCUCCAGCGUGUUUCCCAAUUCCAUCUUGCCAUCUUCCUGCAGGUCGUCUUCUUGGUUGCUUUAUAUCUCUUGGGAUCCAGUCUAGUAUCUCCUUGGUCCAGCGAUGGUCUGUUCGUCUUGCUACAUGUCCGUCCCACGGCCAUUUCAGUUUUUUUGCUCUUAUAAUAACAUUGCAUACUUUUGUUUUGCGCUCUUAUGCAUUCCUUCCUUUUCCUGUCUUUUGUUCCCAGCAUGCAUCUUUCCAUACUCGGUUGAGUCGCUUGUAAUUUUUGAGUCAUUUUUGCAUUGAGGGUCCUGAGGUAAUAUUGUUUAGUUUACUUGGAAAUAAUUAGAAUUUACACAGAACUAUUAUUUUGAUAAAAUAUAUUUCAAAAGCAGUAAACACAGGAGGGACAGUGUCGUUUAAAGCUAGCAAAAAAAAAUGUUUCGCCAACUCCUGUGUCAGUUUUAUGAACCCAUUUUGUUAAGAUAAGGGAUCUCUCAUGUUUCAGAUUUUAGGCAUUUGUAGUAUUUCCGUCACAUAGUAAUCUCUUUGAGAUAUAACUCUUGAAGCACAGACUUGAAGAAUGUGAAAAUGGCAAACAUAACUACAAGUCCUCCAAUCAGCUUCAAUUCAAGGAUAUGACCUCAGUAACAUUGCUGGAAGUGUCACUCAAUGUAAUGCAACUGUGGUGACUAUAAAAAUAUAUAUUUUUGUCUUUAGAUCUAUAAUAAACCUUUUAUAUAAUUGAA